ACUUUAUUUUGGACCGUGGGGGGAGCCCAACGAACAAAUACCCGAGACGAGAAGUGUCGUCUGAAACGGAAAAUCGUAGGGUGCUGCGAUAGAGUUCCGAGCUCAUAAGAUCUGUUAUGCUCCUUACCGUAAGGUUUACGUCCAUAAUUGUUCCGAAGCUUUAAUCCUUCUCGGACUACAUGGAUCCCAACCAGCCUGUGGGUGAAAACUACGCCAAUCCAAAGACUUGCUUCUUUCAUGUUCUAUUCAAGGCUGCAGCCUUGGCAUUUUACAUUCUUUCUGCCCUUUUCGUUGAUAACUUUGUCAUCAUAUUUGUGGUGACUGUCCUUCUUGCUGCUCUCGAUUUUUGGGUUGUCAAGAAUGUCAGUGGGCGUAUUUUAGUAGGAUUGAGGUGGUGGAAUGAGAUAAAUGAUAUGGGGGAAAGUGUCUGGAGAUUUGAAUCUCUUGACCAAGAGUCACUGGCCCGGAUGAAUAAGAAGGAUUCGUGGCUUUUCUGGUGGACCCUUUACCUUGCGGCGAUUGUAUGGAUCGUGUUUGGAAUAUUCUCACUCAUAAGGCUUCAAGCUGAUUAUCUCCUUGUCAUAGGAGUCUGUUUGACCCUAAGCAUUGCAAAUAUUGUGGGUUUUACCAAAUGCCGGAAAGACGCUAAGAAGCAGAUUCAACAAUUUGCCACUCAGACAAUUGCCUCGCGGUUCACAUCUUCCAUACAGUCAGCAUUCAGUGUUGUCUGAGUUAUCCGUCGCCAAAGAUGGAAAAGCUAGCUGAACAAGUGCGUCAUAGGAUGCAUUGUUAUGUUUUGGUGAUUUGUAAAAAACCAUGUCUGCCAGCAUUGGAUCGGAUUGAGUCUGAAUUGAGCUGUCAGAGGUACGAGGCAGGAUAUUCUGAAAUUUUGUACUUGAUUAUAUGUAAUGGAUUGAGUGAGACUGAUGGAAUUACAUAGCCGAUACAAUAUGCCAUUUCUUUAUUUCAGAUGGAAAAAUCAUAUCCGUCAUUUAAUUUU